AUGACGAUUUUAAGCUUUAUUAUCUACACAUGUAUUAUUGCUUUAGUGCUCUAUGUAUUGGUUAACCUUUUGGCCCAUAACCCAAACCGGCUUCCGCCAGGUCCAACCCCAUGGCCCAUCGUUGGAAACCUACCACACCUUAAAGGUACAAUUCCACAUCACACACUGGCGGCACUGGCAACAAAGUAUGGCCCAUUGGUGCAUCUCCGACUUGGUUUCGUUGACGUGGUGGUGGCCUCUUCUCCGUCCGUUGCUGCACAGUUCUUAAAGGUUCAUGACUCCAAAUUCGCCAACAGGCCACCAACAGCUGGAGCUAAACACAUCGCCUAUAAUUAUCAGGAUAUGGUUUUUGCACCAUAUGGACCUCAGUGGAUUAUGUUUCGAAAGAUUUGUAACGAUCACCUGUUUUCUUACAAAGCUCUCGAUGAUUUCCGCCAUGUUCGGCAGGAGGAAGUCGCAAUACUAGCACGCGGUUUGGCUGGUGCGGGUCCAUCAAAAGUUGAAUUAGGCCAACCACUUAACAUGUGCAACGCCAACACAUUAGCACGAAUGAUGCUACACAAGAGAGUAUUUGGCGAUGAAAGUGGAGGCGAUGACCCAAAGGCAAAUGAGCUCAGAGAAAUGGUGUCUGAGGUGAUGUUUUUGGCUGGACACUUCACCAUUGGUGACUACAUCCCACUUCUUGACUGGCUUGACCUGCAAGGCAUUGUGAAAAAGAUGAAAAAACUUCACGCUAGAUUCGAUAAGUUUCUUGACAUAAUCUUGGAUGAACAUAAAGUUAUAGCGUCGUCAGGCCGUUACACAGACAUGUUGAGCACAUUGAUUUCACUCAAGGAUGAUACCAGUGUGGAUCACCAAAGGAAACCUUCCUACAUCGAAAUCAAGGCUCUGCUUCUGAAUUUAUUCAUAGCGGGAACUGACACAACAUCUAAUACCGUGGAAUGGGCAAUAGCAGAACUCAUUCGCCAACCCGAUCUACUGAAACGAGCCCAAGAAGAAAUGGACAGUGUAGUUGGUCAAGACCGGCUAGUUACCGAAAUGGACCUGAGACAACUGACAUUUCUCCAAGCUGUUGUGAAGGAAGCCUAUAGGCUCCACCCAUCGACGCCACUUUCUGUGCCAAGGAUGGCAUCAGAGAGUUGUGAGGUAGAUGGGUAUUACAUACCUAGGGGAUCUACACUCCUUGUUAACAUAUGGGCUAUUGGCCGACACCCAGGAGUGUGGACCGACCCACAUGAAUUUCGGCCCACUCGGUUCUUACCUGGCGGUGAAAAGCCCGGUACUGUCGUCAAGGCAAAUGAUUUUGAAGUCUUGCCAUUUGGGGCUGGACGAAGGAUUUGUGCUGGCAUGAGCCUAGCAUUGAGAAUGGUUCCAUUGCUCAUUGGAACCUUGGUUCAAGCCUUUGAUUGGGAGUUGGCUGAUGGUAUAAAGCCAAAUAAGCUUAGCAUGGAUGAAGCCUUUGGUCUAAGUGUUCAAAGGGCUGAACCAUUGAUGGUGCACCCAAGGCCGAGGUUACCUCCCCAUGUAUACAAAAAUAACGGUUAA